ACAGCUAUGACUAGAUCAGACCGCCAUAUUUUCACUUAGCACAAUGGCCAACCCAACUGUUAUCUUGAAAAAGCAGGGAGAAAUCGCAAUUGAAGACUGUCCCAUUCCUGAGCCCAAACCAGGGGAGGUUCAGCUGUGUAUGCAGGAUGUUGGGAUCUGUGGAUCCGACGUUCAUUAUUGGCAGCACGGAAGAAUCGGCGACUUUGUUGUUAAUGCACCAAUGGUACUUGGUCAUGAGGCAAGUGGAGUGGUCAGCAAAGUAGGGGAAGGCGUGUCCAACCUCAAAGUUGGUGACAGAGUGGCUAUAGAGCCAGGAGUGUCGUGCAGAGCGUGUAAGAGUUGUAAGAGUGGUCGGUACAAUCUCUGUCCUGACAUGAGGUUUUGUGCUACACCUCCCAUCCAUGGGAACUUGGCGAGAUUUUACACCCAUGCUGCAGAUUUCUGUUUCAAAUUACCAGACAAUAUGAGUACAGAGGAGGGGGCCUUCCUUGAGCCCUUGUCUGUUGGGGUCCAUGCCUGCCGCAGGGGUGGAGUCACUUUAGGAAGUAGGGUACUAGUGUGUGGGGCAGGACCGAUUGGAUUGGUCAAUCUAAUGACAGCAAAAGCUAAUGGAGCUUCAGAAGUCUGUAUUACAGACAUUGAUGAGAAGAGGCUAGAGCUGGCUAAGAAAAUUGGAGCUGACUACACAAUCCUUGUCAAGAGUAGAGAUGGACAGGAAGUAGCUAAACAGAUAGAGCAAGUUAUGGGUCAGAAACCAGAGAUCACCAUUGAAUGUAGUGGGGCACCACCAAGUAUACAAACAGCAAUUUAUGCAACCGAGUCAGGUGGUUGUGUGGUGUUAGUUGGACUAGGACCAGCAGAUGUCACUUUACCCAUCGUUAAUGCCUCAGUGCGUGAAGUAGAUAUCCGAGGCAUCUUCAGAUACGUCAACUGCUAUCCAACAGCUAUGGCCAUGAUUUCCUCAGGGAAGGUCAAUGUAAAGCCCCUCAUCACUCAUCGAUUCAAACUGCAGGACAGUGUGAAGGCAUUCGAGACUGUUGCAAGGGGCGAAGGCAUAAAGAUCAUGAUUCACUGUGCUGAGUAACCAGUCAGAUCAUACUGUGGUGUAGGGUACAAACAGGCAUGGAGUAUAUUUAAAUGAAGAUGACAUAUUUUUUUCUCUCGAAUUAAUGAAUGAGAAUCAUGGAUAACAAAAUAGAAAUGGUUACUCAUGAUAGAAACUGGCAGACAUUGGUAGAGAGUAAUCUACUGCAUGUAUUGACAGAACUUACCUGAUCUGCAUACAUACAAUGUACCUGCAUUGAUUUUAUAUUCCUAGUCAGUUUUACACACAUGUAUUGCCUUGAUUCGAUAUGAAAUUGGAUUGAUUUUGUCUGUGAUAUAGCCAUUCAUUAGUUGUAGAAUCACAUACUCGUAUAUCUAGUGUUGACCAGUGUACACCAAUAAAGGCUCGGACACACUC